CACAGCUCACAGCCGCAUAUGCCGUCCAUGAAGUUCCCCGCCGCCGCCCCCCUCGACGCAGUCAAGUUCUGCGAGUUCGUGACCGCGUCGCCGUCGCCCUUCCACGCGGUGGCCAACCUAUCGCAGCGACUGAAGAAGGCUGGCUUUGAGCGCGUCUCGGAGCGGGAGCCCACCCAGAAGCUUUCGCCGGGUGGCAAGUACUUCUACACGCGUAACCAGAGCGCGCUCGUUGCCUUCACCCUUCCGCACGGCCCGGCCAAUGCCGCGAGUCUUGUCGCGGGACACUGCGACUCCCCAUGUCUCAAGGUCCGCCCCGUCAGCAAGCGUCAGAAGGCUGGGUAUCUCCAGGUCGGGACCGAGCUGUACGGCGGCGGCCUGUGGCACACUUGGUUCGACCGCAACCUGUCGAUUGCGGGCCGCGUGAUCCUCUCGACUCCGGGCGCGCGCACCGAGUUCACCAGCAAGCUGGUGAAAAUCGACAGACCGAUUCUACACAUCCCCACCCUCGCGAUUCACCUCGACCGUGGCGUCAACGAGCAGCUCAAGUUCAACAAGGAGACCGAGUUCCUCCCCGUCCUCGGCCUCGUUAAUGAGCAGCUCAACAGCGGCGGGAGCGCCGUGCCAAGCCGCACUGGUACGCCUGCUCCUGGGAAGAAGGAGGACGGCAAGAGCGACGGUGCGUCGAUGGAGGACAAGCACCACCCCCUGCUUCUCGCGGCGAUUGCCGAUGAGCUCGGCUGCGCGGUGGCCGACAUCCACGACUUCGAGCUGUGUCUGUACGACACGCAGCCGUCGACCGUGGGCGGGCUGAACAACGAGUUCAUCUUCUCGCCGCGCCUCGACAACCUCACGACGUCGUGGUGCGCAAUCGAGGGUCUCUGCCAGGCCGUCGAGGCCGAAGCGGCGUCAGGCCAGCCGAGCAAGGAGACCAACGUGCGCUGCGCGCUCAUCUACGACAACGAGGAGGUCGGCAGUGUCAGCAACCACGGCGCUGAGUCCAACAUCCUCCCAUCCUUCAUCGAGAUGCUCGCCGGCCUCCCCAACGCCGAGCGCGGAUACUACCAAAUCCUCGCCAACUCGUACCUCAUCUCGGCGGACAUGGGCCACGCCCUCCACCCCAACUACGAGGGGCGGUACGAGACGAACAACGCGCCAAAGAUGAACCAGGGCAUCGUGAUCAAGACCAACGCCAACCAGCGGUACACGUCGAAUGCGCAGACGACCUUCCUGCUCCGGCAAAUCGCGAAGCGCGCCGGCGUCCCCGUGCAGGAGUUUGAAAUCCGCAACGACUCGACGUGCGGCUCGACCGUGGGCCCCCACCUCUCGACGCACGUCCGCACCGUCGACAUCGGCCUCGCGAGCUUGAGUAUGCACUCGAUCCAGGAGACGAGCGGGUCGGGCGACAUCAAGUACUACACGCAGCUCUUCAAGACCUUUUACGAGGAGUACAGCAAGGUGGAGAAGGUGUUGACGGUGGACGAGGCGUGAGGAGUCUCAUGCAGCGGAUUCAGGGGUAUGCAUGGUAUAAGAAGUCA